AGCCGAGAGUUUAUACAGUGGGUUUUCUCCGUCCGUCCUCCUUCUGCUCCUCUCUCCUCUCUCCGCAGGCUCUCUGUCCGCCCAUCGAGCUUCUCUCUGACGGCUGCACACUGCGAUCUUCUCCUUCCGCUAAAUAAACCUCAAACACUGACAAAAUGGCCAGCAGAGGAACCGUCAAAGCCAGCGGAAACUUCAACGCCAAUGCAGAUGCAGAGGUCCUGUACAAGGCCAUGAAGGGGCUCGGGACCGAUGAGGAUGCCAUCUUGCAGCUGCUGGUGGCUCGCAGCAACGCCCAGAGACAGCAGAUCAAGACCUCCUACAAGACUCUGUUUGGAAAGGACCUGGUGGACGAUCUGAAGGGAGAGCUCGGUGGAAAUUUUGAGACUCUGAUCGUGGCUCUGAUGACCGCGCCCCUCGCUUAUGAUGUGCAGUUACUGCGCAAUGCCAUUAAGGGGGCAGGAACAGACGAGAAAGUGCUGGUGGAGGUCCUCGCCUCCAGAACACCUCAGCAGGUGAAGGAUAUCGUCGCUGCUUACAGACAGGAGUACGAUGACGACCUGGAGGAGGACGUCUCAGGAGACACUUCAGGACACUUCAAGAGACUUCUGGUGAUUCUGCUGCAGGCGAACAGGCAGAAGGGGAUCCAGGAGGGAACCAUCGAGAGUGAUGCUCAGGCUCUCUUCCAGGCCGGAGAGAAGAAGUUCGGCACUGAUGAACAAUCUUUUGUCACCAUCCUGGGAAACCGGAGCGCAGAACAUCUCAGGAAAGUAUUUGACGCCUACAUGAAGCUGUCAGGAUACGAGAUGGAGGAGAGCAUCAAGAGGGAAACAUCUGGAGGCCUGAGAGAUCUGCUGCUGGCCGUCGUGAAGUGUGCCAGGAGUGUUCCAGCCUACUUCGCUGAGACUCUGUACUAUUCCAUGAAGGGUGCAGGAACUGAUGACAACACUCUGAUCAGAGCGAUGGUGACUCGGAGCGAGGUCGACCUGUUGGACGUCAGAACUGAGUUUAGGAGGUUGUUUGCCUGCUCUCUGUUUUCCAUGAUUAAGGGAGACACCGGCGGUGACUUCAGAAAGGCCUUACUGUUGCUCUGCGGUGGAGAUGACGCAUAAUCGUGACAACAAGCAAUAAACUAGAAACCACACCUGAAGUGCCUCUUCUCUAAGUCGGCUUUACUUUGUUUUUUCAUCACCAUCUCACCAAAACAAGAAGUGAACCCAAAGUUAAAAUCCACCCAAACAAAAUGCUCUUGUGUGUGUGAGGAGAGAGAGAGAGACGGCCCAAUCAGGUCUUUUUUAAACUAUGAUUCCACAUUACGUCUUUGAAAGGUAGCUAACAUUUUGUGCAUGUCCACAUUAAUUAACGCAGCUUUUGGUCAGCUAACUUUUCAAUUUUCAAUAUGUCUAAUGUUAUGUCAUUCAUUUGUAAUGCGAAAGUAUCAAAAUACAGUUGUUUUGUUUGCACUUUGUAUGGCAGAAACGAUAAACUAUGCAAUAAUAAACAUUUCAAUUGAUGAA